AUGGACUCGUACUUGGCUCAGGCCCCGGCAUUUGUGGUGCCGCCGGUGCAACUGCCCCGGUACGAAGAGUUCCCCCUCGCACGCAAAUACGACAGAGCAAAGUUCCGCACGAGCGCGCGCCACCAACAGUAUUACCAGUACUACUCCAAGCUCAACACUGACGGCCUUCUGUUCGAGCCGUACUCGGAUUCCGCCACGGCCAGGUACUACAAAGAGCACCGCCUAUACUCAGCACAGGUGGAUUUGCAGGAAUUGACCGCCGACAGCCCCAACCAGCCGGCCGCAGAGCGCCCGUUGGAGACCAGCAACCUCGUGAACUUCCCCGACCUGCUCGCCGGCGACAGCUUCCCCCACCUUAUCCACCACUCUGUCGUGCGCAUGGGACACCGGAUACUCCUUUUUGGCGGGCUCGAGCUCAUGCCGGCCGCACAGUAUGAAACGUACCUGCGCGAGCUCACCGACGACUUCUCCAUCGCGCCAGCCAACAUCCACAUGCACUUCGACUACGAGCUGCCCGCCCCACUUAGCAAGGCGAAGCUCACGUCGCUCGCUUUGCGGCCGAACAAAAACGUGUACACGUACAACUCGGAGACAAGCACGCUGCUGAAGACGUGCGAGCUCGACGGCGUCAAGACGCCCCCGCCGCUGCUGUGCUCGGGCCUGCAGCAGAUCAGCGCGUACCAUUUUAUGCUCCACGCAGGGUUUGAAUUGCACACCCACGUAGAGAAGCGCGACGGCCACGUCCACAUCACCAGGACGCUCGCCCCGCAAACGGCUAUCUGGAUGUUCGAUAUCCGCACCCAGGUCUUCACACAGCUCAAGGCCAUCCUCAGCUCGUCCAUAUCCACCAUUUUGCCGCACUACAUCCCGCGGUUCGGCCACAAAAUCCAAGGCAUCACCAUCGAGCAGAACAAUUCACGGAACGACGACGAGAGCCUCCACUCUGGACCCUCCCACGACCCCACCAUUGGCUCGCACUCCCGGUUUCCGCGCCCCGCCGUUGUCUUCGUGAUGGGUGGCUACAAAAUCGAACAGCAUUCAAAUAGGCUCGUGGCACUCAACGACCUGUGGAAGUGCGAGCUGUCGGCCAGCAACACAACAGACCCUUCUUCGCGGGGGUUCCAGCUUGAAUUCUCCACGGAAACCAUCUGCUCCCUUGUGGGGAACCCUGACAUCCUCAACGACCGAUUCAGUUUCAGCUACAAUGCAAACGGAGAGCCGCUGGGCCAGGAAAAACGGCAAGUCAUCCAGGGCCUGUUCCGCCACGGAACAGACGCGCAGUGGCCCAAACCGCGUGGUUUCUUCAGCAUGGACAUUGUGCAGACUACCGAUCUGGAACAGAUGGCGGAGGGCGAGUGGGCCGAGCAGCAUCCCCACAUCAGCCACCCCAAGCCGAAAAGUUACCGCCAUUUCACCGGGUUGCAGGACGAGGCCCGAUCACCGUCGCCCACCCCGUCGUUGCAGGCCCAGCUGCGCUCCUCAUCGCCCUUGUCGGCAACAGAAAGAGUCAACAUGCGCCCAUUGUUCCCAUACGAGGGCCGAAUGAGGAGCAGGACCCCGUCAUCCACGGAGGAGACCCCGCGGUCGUCGCCGAACGCUGCGGCGUCGCAGUUUUCGUCGCUCGCGGUGCGCUCGAGCUCGCUCGUGGUGUUUGGUGGCUCCAGCAUCCUCCAUAUCAAAGUGGUUGCCGAAGAUGGGUCGGAACACGUAUACUCGAAAGUGGAUGUGCUGAGUGACAUGUGGUGGUUCGACCUCAACACGGAAACGUGGACGAGCGUGCGUACUGUUAAACAGUCGGACAGCGAGCCGCUAAAACUGUGUGGCCACGCGUCGGCAAGCGAUGGGCAGCAACUCAUGGUGAUCGGCGGGUUGCGUGGGUAUCAGCUUGACGACAAGCUGCUGGCCAUCCAGUACAGUGGGGACGCCGCAAGGCAAUACCUGGACAUUGCAGAGAGGGCUUUUGACACGAUCAGCGAGAACGUGGGGCCCGGAAUCAACCGUGAUGUGUACGAUUUCUUUGUGCUCAACUUUGCUACGCGGCAAUGGAAGCACGCAGAAACACGGCUGUAUAACGCCAAGAAGACUCUCACGUCGGGCCGUUUCAUCAACGUCCACGUACAGGCAUUACAGUUCGACUCCAAGGUGGUGAUAUGUGGGGGUGGAGACGCGCGCAUCGUCGAUAGCAACCACCUGCUGCUACCGGACGAGCAGCAGGACCACUCUUUGGGUGGAGCCUUCGAAAUCUUAUCGUCGCUCAUGAAAUUCUAA